UUGCACAGCAUAUUUAGCUCUUAGCUCUCAGGCGUGGAACAUAAGCACACUGGGUCAUUUGUAUAAACACAAGGGCUCAGACGAUGCAGCUCGCUCCUUGACCCCUGUCAGCUGAGGGCGGUCUCCCGUGGGGCUUGAGGAAAAGACCCCAAUCCCUCCUGGAUUCGAGAUGAUUGCACGGAUCUGUACAGCUCCCGACAGAGCGCCGGAGAGCUCACGUCGAGGUCCCUGCUGAAAGAAGUGGACACAUCUGUUUUGAAGAGAGGUGCAACAGUUGGUGUCUUGGCCUGGACACUCUGCUGUAGGAGGCCUCAAGUGAGCCUAUCGCUGCUUCACUGCACAGGAAUGUCCUGUCAUGGAGUGUGUGGCGGGGGCAACAGGAGAAGGAGAGUGUGACUCUUUUUGAGCAGUGCGACUCCUCCCUGACUGCAGAUAGUGGAUCUUGCAGGAAACUUUCCAACCUGUUCACGACUGCAUGUGUUACAGAUGUGGUGGGAGGGAGUCCAGAGACGGCGUUUCCACCUCCGAGGACCCUGUGUAUCCUGCAGCUCCACCACCUGUGAAGGGUUUAGCUUCACUGAAACCUACCAGAAACUUUGAGGAGAGGAGCAUCAUUGAUCCCCAGGAGCACAAUGAGAGUCACAAACUAUCAACCGGACGUGGGCAAACAGAAACCUACCAUUGUGGCGCCGAAUGACUUCAGACAGGCCUCCUCACCAGCUGAUAGAUUGGUAGUGAGAGAUGCAGGGAUGAGGAAAGUACAACUUGUACAACACAGACUGGGCUGCACAGAGGGUGACUCGAAGCGAGACGUAUUAGGUGGCUCAUUAAUGAACCUGUCCACAUCCAAACCUUCCUACCGGUCGUGUAUCCACCGGGAAGUGCCUCUAAGGUCCACUAGCUCCGUGGUGUUUUUAGACAAGUCACUUUCCAUUUCCCUCGUGGAACUAGAGGGAAGAGGAGCAGGUCAACCCACUUUGUACAGAAGCACCUUGUCUGUUCGCCUCGGUGUCACGUCCUGCUGCAGAUCCAAACCAGCCAAAACAAAUGGGGUUUACAGGAGGCCGAGAGCCGCCACGACGAGCGGUAACAAGCGCAAUGGCCAAGAGAUGGGUUCGAAGCAGCAGGGCCGCAAGGUUGAGCAAACAGCACAUGCCAAUGGUAAUAACAAGGCGGACGAUUCAGACACACAGCGCCACAGCUCUACUUUGGGAUUAUUGUCAUUCCGAGGGCCAAGCCCCUGGAACACAAAGGCUGGCCGGCAGAAGGAGAAUGCAGAUGAGGCAGCCUCACCUUCCCGGAGCAAUCUCAGGCACAAGCAGCACACUUUCAAUAUCAGCCCAGUGGACUCAUGGAGCAAACAGACAGUGACGGACAUCACAGAGAAACACAGCCGCCACACACAACCCGGAAAAGUCUCCUCUCUGGGCAAGACCUGUUUUUAUCGUUCCCCACUGGAGCCGGACUCUGUGGAGGACUCGUCACCACAGGCUCUCAGCCUCAAAGAGGCUUUGCAGCUCUUCAGGCCAGACUUCAUCAGCCGAUCUCAGGGUCGGGUGAGGAGGCUGGAGCGGAGGUCCAGGAGGAGGCGGGCUCUGCAGGACUCCAAUCCAGACCUGGUGCAGGGCCUCAGGGAGGAUGGAGGCGGACAGAAGAGGAACUGCACCACACCAGACCCACUUAGCAAUAACCUUUUCAGGCCCAGAGAGAGGUCUAUAUCGGGCAGAGAGAUGCAGCUGAGGUCCAGACGGAUUUACAACAAGCUGCCAGAGGUGACAAAGAAAAAGGAGGAGGAGAAGAGGAGGGCUGUAUCACAAACCAACAGACUGCGAGCAGAGGUUUUCAAAAAGAGACUUCUGGAGCAAGUCCUGCAAAGAUAGAUGAGGCAAAUGGGGAUCAUUCACUAUCAUUUCCUCCCUCUUUCCUCCAUGUUCAGUACUGUAUAAGAGACUUUGUAUUUAAUGUUGUUAUUGUAAUAGUCUGUGCUAGUCUACUGCAUAGACUCUAUGCAGUUAAAUGCUUGUGUAUUUUUUUUAAUAAUAAUUUUUCUCUGUUAAAUUACCUCUUUCAUCUUUGCUGCCUGGUCACUUCUUAUUGCAAAAGAUGGAAAAAGUUAAUAAAACUAAAAUUUGAUUUGACUGACACUUGUCAUUGACAAGAUUUAACAAACAACAAAGCAUCAAAGCAGUGAUUAAACUUUCUGAUUAGUCUGUAUUCAUACUGAGUUGCAACUAGAGGCUAUAAUAAAUAAAUGUUGGUUUAGGAAUAAUCACCAAAGCAUCAGUAAAGGAUUUAUGAACAUAACUUUUCCAUUUAUUGGCCAUUUAUAACGAGUCUAAUGAAACAGCCCAGUUUUUAUGAACCUGUAUAUAAGUGUACAUUGUUUGAUUUGAUGUGAGACAAAGACACAGAUGGAUGUGUCUGCUUAUUCCACUGUGGCAGAUUUUUACAAAAUAAACAAUGUUUUCAACCAAAA